CGCGUGGGGAGAGGUUCUACAGGUGGUCGCAAGUGACUGUGGGGUUGGUGCUUGCAAUAGGAGCGUGCUGAGGUUGAAAAGAUUCUGGAAACAAUUGUGAACACUCAGAAGUUAUUAUGACCAGGGCAACGAUGCUAACAGUCUGGUUUCGAAUGAUGAAGUCUACUGCAGGAUUCUUACUUAUGAUGGCAGCAGAAGCCCUUUCAAGUCCACAUGGUUUAGCUCAUCCUGGUUGUGAAGAAGACCAUGAAUGCUCAGAAAAUAUGUUCUGCUAUAAAAUGAGAAGUUGUGUUGAUUGUUAUAACUGUGCAUUAUACUACAGGAAACCAAAUGCAAUGAAGAUAUGUGCAAGGGAACCUAGUGAAUGUGGAGAGUGCAUUGAUGGCUAUGAAGCAGAGAUUCUAACAAAUGGCAAUGAGAGGGAUUACUGCAGGAUUAUGGAAAAGCCUGCUUCUGAACUGAUACCAGGUACUGCACCAUCAGUGGAUUAUACAACAAUGCUUAUCAUAGGUGGUGUUAUUGUUACAAUUGUGGUGAUAGUUGCUGGUUAUCUCAUACAUAGAUGGAGGAAAAUGAGGUACAGAGGUGCUGAUCAAGCAGUUCAAAACAUGCAAGAAACACUCAAUGCUGGGUCUGGAAAUGGCAUGUCACCACUGUUGGGAAAUACAAAUGGAUGGAAGCCUUCUCUUGGAGAGCAGAUACCAUGCAACAGACCAUCUGCACCACCACAACCUCCUCCAUAUGAAAACACUCUGCCACCUCUUCGAGAUGAGGCUACAUUUGUUGUGGAACGAACGGUUAAAUGUAAAGAGGCCGUUUGCUUCAGAGAACCCGGUUUACAAAUAUCAAGUUUCCCGGACGAGGGACAAGAUGACCAAUCCACAGAUGGCUCUGAUACUGAUGCUAUUUUUCAUCCUGAUAUUAAUAUUGAGAGUGGGUAUCCAUCAGCAUUUCAUGAUGAUGACACUUUACCAGCGUCAGCAGAUGGAACUGACGAGAUAGUUGAACAGUCGGAGAUGAAUUUGCAACCAAAUGCAGAGGCUCCAUCCUUCCUUGGAGUUUUGAUGAAUGUUGGAGUUAACAACAGUGGUGGUAGUGAAGCAUGUGAUCUGAAUGAUUCGGGGCUGUCACAAGCUUCAAGCAAUGUUUCAGUUAGUUCCUUAUCAGCUGAAGAAGAAGAAGAGCUAAAAUUUGAUACUCCUAAUAGAUCUGAAACACACCAUGCAGAUGGCUGUAGACAAGAACACCAUGCUAUGAAGAGGAGUGGGUGGCAACGAGAAGAAAUAACAACGUUAGAUGCAGCAGAUGUCACCUUGAAUGGUGCAUUGCUCCGCAUUGCAGUUCCUAACAGUGACACUGAAGCACUACAAGCUGGUGACUCAAGUGUAUCACAGGCUUCAAGUAGUGCAUCAAUUAGUUCAAAUACUGCUGUUCCACGUAGUUUCUCUGAUGGACCUCUAGUCAAGAGGCGAAAAUUUGACUCAGGGAAUUCAAGUACAGCUGAAGAUCUUCAGGAAGAUGAAGAGACAUGCAGAUCACAGGAGAGUCCCAGAAUUAAUGUUCAAGCAGUCACUGUUUUGAAUGUACAAAAUGUGAAGUUGCAAGCCUCAUCUUGUCAUUUUAUGUUACUUGUUUCGAUGGAGAGAACUUUUGUAAACGUUGACAAGAACAUGGAAUCUGCCAAAAUCUUACCACUGCUUCUGGUCUCCGCGACACUAUCAGAAGUGGGAGGAAAAAAUCUUAUUAUUGAGUGUGAAGAGGAUCAUGAAUGUGGAGAAAAGAAAUUCUGCUAUCAAACUGGCCUAUGUGCCCCCUGCACGAACUGUUCCACCUAUUUUAGGAUGCCACAUGAGUGGAAAUACUGUUCAAAAUCUCCAAAUGAAUGUGGACCGUGUCUCCCUGGUUAUGCAGCAGAUCCCCUGACAGAUGGCAGGGAGAGAGAGCUCUGCACACAAGUCCAACAAUCAGACGGCAGCCGAAGUAUUCCAGGUGACCAGUGGUCUCACUGGCUUUCUGGAAUCAUGGUGAUAGGAAUUCCAUUAGCAGUGUUAUGUGUCAUCCUGCUGAUCUGUUGGAAAACUGGCGCAUGUCGAAUCAAUAGAGGUGAAGUUCUGAAAACUGAGCGACCUUUAUCAGGACCUGUUAACAUGCGGCCACCACCUUAUAGCAGUUGUGGAGGAUCACCACUUCUAACAAGACAUACAGGUGAAUCAGAGUACUAUUGUGGCAGCGUGUGGCAUACUGAUCACAAGAUGAGCGGCAGCAGCUACCAUGAUAAAGAACCUGUGAAAACCAGUGUAGUGGAGAAGACCAUAGACGGGGUCCAGCAGGCUACGCCGUUUGAGUAUCAACCAGAUGAACUGCAAAAGAUUAAUCCUCAGUCAAGGACAAGAUCAUCCUGCCGACCAAAUGAUGGCUGCCGACCAAAUGAUGGGACAGAUCAUCAUGAUGAGGAUGACGACAAUGAAGAUGGACUGAGUGUUACGUUCGACAAUGGGGUUAAUGAAGUGGAUCCCUGCAACUCUGGGUUAUCAAAUAAUACUGAACAUAUGGAGGUGGAUCUGAAUCAGAGUGAAGAAGCCGCAGCUCCCAAACAAGGGGACAUAGUGGUUGAACCUGCUUGUAGGAAGUGUGCUUUAAAUAGGAAAACAGGCAGCAAUGAACACAUGUUUGAUACUCAUGGUUCUUUGUGUAACAUUGCCUUGAGAUCAGAUCAUUCUACUUAUAGCUUGUGUUCGGUGUCUGACAUAGAGGGUAGUUGUCAAGUACCUGUACAAUGCUCAUGUAAAAAGAACAUAUUGAAAACAUUUUUUUUACCAUCCAAAUAUGAUUCUGGAUUUAUUUCUAAGUCUUCUGUCAAAUUUGAGGAAUUACACGAUGAUACUUCUAGAGAAAAUACACAGACUAGAGAUAAACCACCCUCCACAGAGGGAGGAUCUAUAAAUAUUAAUCUUCCUGUAAAUAUAAACAUAUUAAAUCAUGUUAAUAUUUGUUGAUAAUGAUAGUGACAUGACCUAUUCAUUCACUUUCUUUACAGCGAGUAUUUUUAAGUAAAAUAAGCACGUAUUGUAAUACAAUAUUGUGCAGCGGACUGGAUGGAAGUGCUCAAUGUAAUUGUCGUCUAUCUCAGUAAGGUCGUACUUAAUCCUUCCUGUGACUAUCAGUAUUUUAAGAUACUUUAUGUGUAUAUAUGAUUAUUGUACAGAACAAACAUAAAAUGUUUCUUAGUGUAUAGAACUUUUUAUGUUAUAUUGUUAUAGUUUUUUAAUUUUUUUAAUAAAAAUGAGUUGAAUUGUGUGUUAUGGAAUAAAGAUCCAAUAAA